AUGGAAAACCAUAACACAUCUCCUACAAACAAUGUGUCCAAAGAUAAUUUAAUUAGUGCUAAUCAUAUAAAUGAGCUCCCAAUUAGUGCUGUGUUUAGUAAUAAGAACAGUAAUGGUGAUCAAAUUAUGUCUACUGAAGAUGUUGAAGCUUUGAUGAAAAGAUUUCCUCCAGGUUUUCGAUUUUAUCCUACGGAUUAUGAGCUAAUUAAGUAUUAUUUGGAGAGGAAGCUUGCUAAUUUGCCUUUGCAACCUAAUAAGAUUUAUGAGAUGAAUAUUUAUAAGUAUGAUCCCGACACGAUUGCUGCAUAUCUUAAGCCAACGACAGCGGAGAACGUAUGGUAUGUAUUUACUCCAAGAGAUCGGAAGUAUCCAAAUGGUGAAAGACCAGAUAGAUGUACUGGGAAUGGGUAUUGGAAAGCUACUGGAGCAGAUAUAAGUAUAAAUGAUGAUAAAAAUAGUAAAAUUGGAUCAAGAAGAGCUUUAGUUUACCACAUUGGAAAGCCUCCAAAAGGAAAAAAAACUGAUUGGAUUAUGCAUGAAUAUAUGAUUCCUAAAAUUCCAAUUCCAAAUAGUUCUACACCCAGAAAUCCCAAGCUGGAUGAAUGGGUUUUGUGUAGGUUCUACAAUAAAAAUGAUGUAAUUACCACAAGGUCCACCAGAAGAAAGAGAAAGAGGGGAAAUGAUGAUCCAUUUAUUGAUGAAGUUCAUGAGGACUCUACUGGAAACAACCUCUUCAAUAACAACGAUAAUCAUGCAAUUAUGUUACUAGAGGGUACAGAUACUGGAAACAAUCCCACAAACUACUUCAAUAACAACAACAAUCAAGCAUCAAUGUUUUUCCAGGGUACAAAUCAGGACUCUAUGAGAAACGAUCUCACAAACUUUAAUAACAACUACAAUCAUGCAAUGUCAUUGCACCCUCAAGUUCACAGGGGGCUUUCUACCUUACCUCAAUACUCUUACAUGCCAAUCUUGUCUAACUAUCAAAAUUAUGUAUCUGAUCACUACAACAAUUAUACUGAUGGCGCCCCUUUACCUUUGAUGAUCGAACCUAUAGCUACCAACAACUCAAUCGAACAUGAUUACACCAUGAACAACGAAGGUUUUGGAAGCGAUUAUGGUGAGUAUCCUGAACAAGACCAAUAUUAUGCAUUUGAUCAAUACAUUGUAGGUAAUUAUGAGUUACAAUAUAACACGAACAACUUUGUCAAUUGUGAGACUACUAUCUCAAACAACUUUGUCAAUGGUGAGACUACUACCUCGAACAACUUUGUCAAUGGUGAGACUACUACCUCUGACAAUUGUGAAACUACUACCUCGAACAACUUUGUCAAUGGUGAGACUAGUACAUCAAAGGAAGAUUGCUAA